GUGAUGGAAGCCAAGUGGCAAAGUAUGGUGAAUCAUGUUCAGGACAUCCAUGAACACGGCACUCCUGCAUUUCCCUGCUGUGCACAUCCACCUCUGGAGGGAGAAGCAAGGGACAAGGAGUGGCUGGAACCAGGAACAACUGCAGCCAUUAAACUGGAGAGGGUGACUUUGAGAACAGCAUUGGUGAAGGAUGUCCGGAAGUUGUCUCCACAGCAUCAGACCUAUUCCCUGGAGGCAUUUCACUCCCUCAUCAUCCACUUUGCACCAAAGCACACUGGGUUCUCCUUCCUUGGGAUGUACAGCAGGCUUCUCAUGGCAGCCCUGCACUUUAACCACAAUAGCAGCAGAGAGGUUGCUCGAACCAGUGAUGGUGAGGUGCGUUAUGCAGUUCGCUACCCAAGGUUCUGCAAAGGUGGCUGGGUAGUUCGCCCUAUCAAGGAGAAGCCAUCAUACGCAUACGCUGCAGCCCUGAUGGAGUCUCUGAGUGAGGGCUACUCCAGGUCACCAGAGACUCUACGAGAGAGCAGUGCAGUCUUGUCCUCCACUGCCCCUGCCCCCCUUUCCACUUCCUGCCAAGAGAUCGCCAAGGAUGAGGCAGUUGGCCUUUAUCUGGCACGGCAUUCCCGGUUUAACACAGGAAAUUAGUGUGAAACCAGCAGAUUCUAAAGGAAAAAAUGGUCUGGCUUUGGCUUCUGAUUGUCCACACUCCCUUGUGGACUCCCUUGUGGCUGGAUGCUGGUCUUAGUGCCCCACACACACACACACACACCCCACUCCCUUGUGGUUGGACGCUGGUCUUAGUGCCCCACACACACACACACACACACACACACACCCCACUCCCUUGUGGUUGGACGCUGGUCUUAGUGCCCCACACACACAAAUAGUGAGAACAAAUCAUAUUAAAGGUAAGGCUUCAGAUUAUCUACAAAUAUUUUUUAACCAACCUUUGAGAAGAAAUCCAUGCCUACACACAGCAAUUUCAACACCUUCUUCAUCCAACUUGUUGGCUCGCUUAGAGGUCUCCCUUGCUGCUGUCCAGUGAGAUUCCCCACACAUGAACAUAUUAAUAUAUAAACAUAUUCUAUUUAUAUUUAAAAUGUGUGCAUUUUAUUAUAAAGUUGUGUAUAUUUACAGACUGUUGCAAAAACUAAGAAGUAGUAACAUUUUCUUGGCUGUGGACUUGUACUCUACAUAAUUAUGUUGAGGUCAUGGUAAUCUAAUUCAAUAAACAAUAACUGCAAUGAACAGAUA